AUGCUGUCUGUCCUUGCAAGCACAGGUGCCUAUCUGAUCUUGGCCGCUGAUGAUCUUGACGCUUGUCAGGACGAGAGGCUUCGUUUGAUCGAUUCGGCAGGUCUAAGUCCUGGGCGAGUCGAAUGCCGUCAUCUGGAUAUGUCCAGUCAACGCUCAGUCCGUCGAUUUGCCGGUGCUCUAUUGGCCGACCACCCAUGCAUUACUCGUCUAGUCGUGAAUCCCGCUGGGAGUUUAUCUCAAACGUUUCCUGGUGAACGCCGCCUCACACCAGAUGGCAUCGAAACACAGCUUGCCUGCGAUUACUUAUCUACAUACUUGCUGGUGCGUCUUAUGCUACCAAGUUUAGUUUCUCAGCGUGUAUCUCCCUUAGAUUCAACAGAUGCAGCCGAAAGGUCUCAAACUUCCAUCGCCUCUUUAUCAUUCCCCCCUAGUCCAUCGACGAAGGGAUUUGCACGUGUCGUCAUCACCUUUGAUUCUCAGGCGGCAGCAAGCGAGGCCUCUGAUUCAAUAAAGAACUCAACUAUGGAAAGGGAGGCGAGGUCACCGGAAGGCGAAUCCAUUAGCAGUUCAAGAUCCCUAUUACCAGUUGAGAACUUUAAUUGGGAGACUAAUUAUGCUCCAGCGAAGGCGAAGAAUAGAGCCCAGUGGUUUCUGCGCCUUUUUGCUGAGUAA